AUGCACUUGACAUCAUACACCAUCUUGCUGAUUCUUUCUACGUGGUUGCUCGUGUUGCGCUGCGUGGAAUCAAGCUUAUUUUCCUACUCUGAAACAUCCAUUACGCAAGAUAUUAUCUGGGUGUACUCCAAUUCAUCCACGUUAGCUCACACAGACAAUAAUUUCACUCCUGUAUUCUACAAUACCAACAUCGUAUCAGCCUCUAAUCUGACACAGCCGAACGAGGUGGGCCUCAAGGGCGUUUUAUACAACCAAGAUAAUACCAAUUGCGGCAGUGAACCACUGCAAGACCCUUCGUUACCAAGUGCGCUACCUCGAAUCGCACUCGUCAAUCAAAGAAACGACAAUCAUUGCAAUGCCACUCUCAUUGACAGCAUUAUAAAGGCGCAAGCACAAGGCGCUAUUGGAGCAGUGGUAUAUGGGCCUGACGUUUUUCAAAAUAAUACAAACCAACCUCCCAUGGUGCCUUCUGGAACCAAUAUAACCAUUACGGUCUACUUUGUUGGAGAACAUGUGGGAGAUGAGCUAUUUCAUAAGAUUGUGCUAUACAAAAACGUCCCCCCUUCUUCUCUGGGAACAGUGCUUAGCGUUAAACCUUAUGUGCGCUUGUUGUUGUUACCACCCAGUGCAGGUGGGAUCAACGCCUGGGAGAUCACUCUACUCAUUGUGUCGAUAUUGCUAGUAACAAGCUUCUUGGCGUCAGUUAUCAUGCAUUGGCACAUUUGGCGAAAGAGAAAGCGACAGCAAUAUCUGAUAGAGCAAGGCUUGAUACCUAUUCCCGUUGAAAUGCUACCCAUGGGCAAGCACAUCUUUGAGGAAGCUCAAUUAGAGGCAACCUUUCCCAAGCAAACAAUGACGGACAAUGAUAGCAGCAAUCGAGCAUCCAGUGAAGACCAGCCUGUAUGUGUCAUUUGCUUGGAUAACAUUCAAAUAGGCGCUCUGAUUCGACGUCUUCCCUGUGAGCAUGAAUACCAUUGCAAGUGCAUAGGUUUGUAG